UAUUACGUCACUAAAACAAAUUUGGAAUGUGAACCCCGCCGUUCGCAACGCGUCGCGUCGGCCCGUUUAAUACGCCCCGCCCAUCUCCAGUACCGCUUAAUACGUAGCGAUGACCGCACGUUCGCGUGUAUAUCACUUGUUUUGAACGUUACUUGUGUAAUAAGCUCAUAAAUAAGAUACGCAUAUACCUAACUAAAACAAUUUUAAACAAGAACAUCGAAAUUAUAUGACGUUAAGUGAUUUACAACGAACUUCAGAUACAAAAUGGCGUUGCGUCUCAAACGCAAUGCACUGUCACUCAACGAUAAGAUGAAGAUAUUAAAAUAUUUCGACAAAAAGUCGCAGAAUUAUAAAAGGUCGCAGAUCGCAGCCGAACUUGACAUUCCAUUAUCAACAUUAAGUACAAUUUUAAAAUACAGACCAGAAAUAGAAGAAAAAUGUCGAAAUGCAUGCGGCAGAGCCUUGAAAAUGAAGAAGAAUAAAACAGGGAAAUAUGCUGAACUUGAAAAUAUUUUGGUCGAUUGGAUUUACAGUCUUAACAACCAAAAUCUACCCGUAAACGGGCCUUUCAUAAAGAAACGAGCUCUAGAGAUAGCAACCGAGUUAGAGAUCAGUGAUUUCACCGCAUCUAGUGGUUGGCUCGAGAGGUUUAAGAAACGGCACUCAAUAGCAUUAAGACAGACUGACGAGCCUGAAUCUGGAGAAGAUGACGGCAUAGAUGUCCCUCAUGAUACAUUCCAAGAAAUAGUAAAGGACUAUGAGGCACGCGACAUUUUUAAUGGUGAUGAGUUUGGUCUUUUCUUCAAAUUGUUGCCAGAUGAGAAAUUCUCAACAGAAGAUAAAAAAUGUGAAGAUGGACGGCUGAGCGACCAACGAUUUACAAUAUUAGCGUGUGUUAACUCUGAUGGUUCGGAGAAACUACCAAUACUUGUUAUUGGCGACAGUGACAUAUCGCACAAAGACAUGCCGUGUCAAUAUGAAGUUGAUCCUUGCUCGUGGAUCACAAAAGAAAGAUUUGUUGCCUGGUUGAAAGUGCUGGACGAUUAUUUCGAAAUACAAGGAAGGCUGGUCGUCCUUUUCGUGGACGACAGCCCCGUGCACCCAAAAGAGAUUAUACUUAACAACAUUAACCUCGUGAUGCUGCCACCAGAUUCAGAGUACGAGAUGCCUAUGAAUCAAGGAAUCAUAAAAUCUAUCAGGCAAAAUUAUAGAACGAAGUUGAUUGAGCGCCAUAAUAAAGAUAGUGAUGAUUUUGGUACCAAAAAUCCAGUCAGCAUAAGAGAAGCAUUGCAAUACAUCUCAACUUCUUGGGAGUCAGUGAAACCAAGUCUCAUCCAGAGUUGCUUCAAGAAAUCUGGUUUCGGUGAUUAUUACGACAUUGACGAUGACGAUGAUGAAUACAAAGCUGAAAUAUUGAUGAAAUACCACGAUUAUUUGUAUGUAGACUACGAUUUAGCUACUUGUGAUAGCAAAAAAAGCGACGUAGCGUCCAUUUCAUCUAAUAACGAAAUAAGUGGAAUUGGAAAUAAAAAUGGACAAGGACAAGUAUCCACACAAGCGACUGCUACAGCGCUUACAGCCAUCGCAACAUUAAAACAAUACCUUUCUACAAUCAAUAGUCGUGAGGGAUUGGAAAAAUUGAGUUUUAUUGAAAAUAUUGUAUUAACUACUGAAUAAAAGUACUAUUUUUAAAUACU